AUGGCGGCUGAACCUGUAUACGUUCCUCGUUCUAGCGAAACUGUAUACCAUAUUGCGCGUGAAGUUGUUCAGCUGCUUAAGCAAUCGGGUGAAACCCUUGCUGUCUCUGAGUCGCUCACCGGCGGGGGAGUCAUGGCUACUCUGACAUCUGUUGAAGGGUGCAGUGCUGUUUUCCGCGGCGGGGUUGUAUCGUACGCCACUCCAGUCAAGCAGCAUCUUCUCAAAGUCGACGGCGAUCUGAUAUCUGAGCAUGGAGUCAUACAUUCUGAUGUGGCUUCCCAGAUGGCCACCGGGGCGAGGGACAUUAUGACCCAGCAGGGCAUGGCCCAGACUUCUUGGGGAAUCGGUACGACUGGAGUGGCGGGCCCAGAUCCCCAGGAUGGAAAACCAGUGGGGAUGGUUUUCAUCGGUGUGGCUUCUGCUAAAGGUAGUAAGGGCUUCGGGCCAUUUCUUUUUCCCGGCUCACGCGAACGGGUUCGAAACGCUACGAUUAUUGAAGCACUUUUUCUCCUUCGCCAGGAGUUGCUCAGCUCAAGAGAGCAAGCUUAG